UUUCGAAGCGGCGUCUCGUCCGUGAUCCCUAUGAUGUUUUGGAUGGAAAUGGAGUCCCUCCUCUCUCAGGAUUCUCAAGAUCAAGUAAAUCUUUACUUUGUGUUACCAAAAAACACUUCAGAAACAACAUGCAGUGAAAAGUUAGGAUCAUGUUAUCAGGCCUGUUUGGACAUUGGAUUCCCAUGCAACUGGAUUAAGGAGGAAGAUGUUCUUCAGAAGCAUCCUGUCAAGCAAGACGUAUUCAUCUGCGACCCAUUUGAAGGCGUGGCAUUUGAAUAUUUGUCUUCAGGCAAAUUUAAGUGUGUCAGAGUGCUGGGGCCGCCCUGCCUGCUGGCCUGCCUCAGCCGCAGUGAGCCGGUACCCGAGCUGCCCUACCCGCUGUACGCCGCCGCCAUGCGGGGCAUGGUCAUCACCUCCACCGGCUUCCAGAAGCUGGAAAAGACCCGGCUGCAGCGGCUGGUCAAGCUGAUGUCGGGCGUGUACUCGAGCGACUUCCACGAGGGCGUCACGCACCUGGUAGCCGGUGUCGUCGCCAGCCCCAAGUACCAGGUGGCGGUAACGCGUGAGGUGCCGGUGAUGCGCGCAGCCUGGGUGGACCGGGUCUGGGAGGCCAGCUGCCGACAGACCGUGCAGGCCACCGACCCGCAGUUCGCCGACCUCACGUGCCCGCCCUUCCAAGGCCUCUUCAUCUGCGUCAGCCAGCUCAGCAGGAAGGACAAGGAGGCCAUCAGGAAGAUCAUCGAGAACAACGGCGGGAGCUACAUGACUCAGCUGGAGUGCGAGAAGACGAGCGUGCUCGUGUCGCCCUCUAUGGACGGCGAGAAGGUCACUUUCGCCCGUCGGUGGCAGAUACCCUGCGUGGUGCCGGAGUGGCUGUACGACAGUGUGGAACGCGGCUGGUGCCUCGGUAUGGAGGAGUACACCACCGCGGUCAAGGCGAAGCUGUCCUCAACUCCGACGAAAAACCACACCAUGGCCUAUGGUGAACUGGCUGACCUGACGGUGAGCACCAUUAUGGGCGCAAACGAGAGCCGCGUCCGCCCCGUCAACGAGACGACCAUGAACGAGACGGCCGCGUUCACCGUCCCGCCGGCGGUCGCCGUCGACGAGGAUUUAGCGAAGCUGGACCGUAUCGACCUGCAAGAGGUGCUGAAGGCCGGCCAGUUCCUAGACGGCUGCAAGAUCCACCUGAUGGGGUUCGACGCGCGCCGCGAGGACAAGCUGCGCCGCAUGCUCAACACCUCUGGCGCCAUGCGCUUCUCUCAGCUGCUGCCAUCGGUCACGCACGUGGUGGUGUCGGGCGGCGCGGUGCCGGAGUCGGCGCUGUCUGCCGCCUGGCGGCCGCACCUACAGCCGCAGCAGGAGACGAUGCUGGCCGCUGACGGGACGGUCGGCCGCGGCGACGACACCACGCUCGAGGCCACGCAGACGCUGUUCGGAGGGCUAGCGGUGUUCCUGAGUGGCGAGCUGGACGCCAAGUCGGCGCAGGAGGCGGCCGCCCUGCUGGAGGAGCACGGCGCCCGGCAGGUGGCGGCGCCGGACGCGGCCCGCUUCACCGUCGUGCCGCUGGUGCACGAGGCGCCGGCGGCCGACGUCGACCGGCUCGUUACCGUCGCCUAUCUGCAGCACUGCGUCGAGACGGACCAGCUGCUGGAGCCGGAGUACUAUCACCGGCCGAUUCCGACGUUCCGGCACGACAUUCUGUCUGGCUGCGUGCUCGGCAUCAGCUCCUAUAGCGGCCGCGAGCGCCAGUACCUGGCCCUGCUCGGCGAGAGCAUGGGAGCCGAGUUCCAGGAGGUGUUCGCGCGGCGCGACAACCCGACCAAGCACGCGCGCGCCUCCACCCAUUUGGUGUGCCAGUCCGCCGAGGGGCACAAGUUCGCGGCGGCGCGCCGCUGGGGCACGCCGUACGGCGGCGUGGUGAGCGGCGCCCAGCCCACCAGCCACACACGCAAGGCCUGGAAACGCUACGUGGACGCCAUGGAGGAGACGCCCGAGGGCAAGCGACGGCGCGUGAGCACGCGGAGGACGGUCGGCCAGCAGGGGCAGGAGAACGUACCGCCGAACACGCCGCCGCCGCCGGCGCCCGCCGUCCGCAAGCCGCUCCGGCCCACCAUGGUGUUCUCCGGCAUGGAGCCUGCGGAUCGGACACGGUACACGGCGGCGGUGGAGCGGCUGGGUGGCAUCGUCCUCGACACGGCCACCCUGGAGCCGGCCACCACUCAUCUGGUCACCAGCCGGCCGAACCGCAGCGAGAAGCACCUGGCGGCGGUGGCGUCGGGCCGCUGGAUCCUGCAGCCCGCCUACCUGGACGCCUGCGAACGCGCCGGCCAGUUCCUGCCGGAGGAUGCAUUUGAGUGGGGAAACUCCGACUGUCUUCAAGCAUCGGGACUCAGCAAGGACUCCACGGAGUACAAACUGUCCACUGCUGCUUACCGGUGGAGGCGAAAAAUCAAGGAAGAAGGUAUCCCGGGCGCCUUCCACGCCAUGGUGGCUGUGCUGCUGACCGCCGGGGAGCGGUGUCGCGCCUUCCAGCGGCUGGUCACGGCCGGCGGCGGCCGCGCCGUGCCGCUGGACCAGCUGCACGACCAGCCGGGUACCGUCACGCACGUGUUCAUCGAGCCGGCGCGCGCCGACAAGCGUCAGCUGACGCCGGCGCUGUGGCGAGAGCUGGCGCGCAUGCGCGUGCCCUGCCUGCAGCCCGUCUACCUGAACGAGUGCCUGACGAGCGCCACGCCGCCGCGCACCGACGACUGGCUGCUGGACGAGUACCGCCGCCUACUGGCCGACACGUGACCGGGCUGACGCCUGCCGCCGGCUGUCACGACCAAGCUGGCGGUCCGACUGCUGUCAAAUGCCGCCGUGUUCACUUGGCGGCGUUCUCCUAUGUCCGCCUCCGGCGGAUCUCGUGACUGGAACGCGGUGCCGGGCUGCGCGUGACCUUCGCGGCGGUGGUAACAGCGCUGCCCCGCUGCCGGCCGGUCGAAGAGUGCCGCCUUAAACGCCAUCUGGGAUCGGAGCUUGCCAGUGGCUAGUCCGGUGUCGAAUCUUGGGAUGGUUCUACGUGAAAGUGGUUGUUGAGGCAUGUACCGCUGUGGAUCGUGGUGACUAUGAUGCUUCCCUGAAAGGGCGACGCCAUGGUCUACACUGCGUUGUUGCCGACUGUAAAUAUGGGAAUGAAGGUGCACGCGCAACACGGCCAAUUCAUUGGCUUGUGGUGGCAUCGACCGAGUUGGCAAUAGCUGCCUGCGUUCAUAUUGAUUCAAUAUUGAACAUUGGACGUCACGAACUUGAUUAGACAGAUGGCUUUCAUACCAAAUGUCAAGGAAGAGCUGCUUCCGUCAACGAACCCCUGCAGUUAAAUGAUACGUUAUUGUGCACCUCGGGUUCUGCCCCCUCUUAGCUUGAAAUGGCAUCUGAUGAAAAGCAUCUCUUUGUGAUGUGUUAAGAAUGCAGCAAAGCGUGUUGCCCUUGAGGCGCUGGUGUUGGUCUUAACCACUCGCACCUAUCCCAGACUCACCGAAAUAUAGUGUGAUAUCAUUUG